CAGGCAUUAGUCCCAGCUGACAUUGACUCAAGAAUGGUCUGUACAGUUAUGGUGCAUUAGAGUUGAGGAGCAAGUGCUCAGUUCACUAUGGGAGAAGGGAUCUGAAAUACAAUCGUGCUGCUUCUCAAUGCAGCCUAAAAUCCCUGCAUUUAUGGUGCUACUUGCCAGGAGUCUUAGCUUUUUUACAUUGGGUUUUAAGACCCUUUACACAGGUGUGGAUCAUGGCAAUGGACUGUAUAGGAUCCAGCGAUGCCUUCAAACUGGGGAUUUUAGGAAGCAUCGUUAGGAGGUCCCUGGAUGCCCCACGGCACUCCGUCCUCGUUCGCCCUCCCGAUGGCCGGCAGCUGACCCCGCCCUCCAGGAUGACGGUGAGAGAGCGGCUGCGAGAGAAGAUCUCGGCGGCGUUUUACCGCCAUGGGCUGCUUUGCGCUUCCUAUCCGGUGCCCAUCAUCCUCUUCACCUCUGCCAGUAUUCUCGCCUGCUGUUACCCCCUGCUGCGGCUGCCUCUGCCGGGGACCGGGCCGGUGGAGUUCACCACACGGGUCCGAGAUUAUACCGUCCCUUCCCAUGAGCCCCAGGGAGACCUCGGCGAGCGGCCUGACUGGUAUCGGGGUCCUCCGGUGGCCUACAUCCAGCAGGUCCUGGUGAAGGCAGCUGUGUCUCCCUGGGACAGUACGCUGGUCCCUGUGGACGUGUUCCGCUCCCCACUGGGCCGCGUAUUCAGCCUGCUGGAGGAGAUCCGCAACCAUGUACACAACGACGGUUCUGGGGUCAGGAGCCUGGAGGCGCUCUGCCUGCAGGUGACGGACCUGUUGCCGGGGUUACGGCGUAUGCAGACAGUGCUUCCGGAGCACGGUUGUCUGCUGGUCUCCCCCGGCAACUACUGGCAGAACCAGCGGGAGCUGUUUGACUCUGACCCCGACCUGCUGAAGACCGUCCACCAGCACGAACCCAAAGGACUGCACACCUCCGCCACACUGAGAGACCUGCUGUUUGGCGUCCCGGUGAAACACACAGGGGUGAGUCUGUACAGCAGGAAGAGGGUGGUCACCUACACCAUCACCAUGGUCCUGGGCAGCUACGACGCCAGGUUCCUGUCUAGCCUGCGGGCACGUCUCCGCCAGCUGCACCCCUCGGUGAACUGCAGCCUACGCGAGGACCACAUGGUGCACGUGCACUUCAAGGAGGAGAUAGGCAUGGCCGAGCUCAUCCCCCUGGUCACCACCUACAUCAUACUUUUCGCCUACAUCUACUUCUCCACACGUAAGAUUGACAUGGUGAAGUCAAAAUGGGGCUUGGCGCUGGCUGCCGUGGUAACAGUGCUCAGCUCUCUGCUUAUGUCUGUGGGGCUCUGCACCCUGUUCGGCCUGACGCCCACACUCAAUGGAGGUGAGAUCUUCCCAUAUCUGGUGGUGGUGAUAGGGCUGGAGAACGUCCUGGUUCUCACCAAGUCUGUGGUGUCCACCCCUGUUGACCUGGAGGUCAAACUACGCAUCGCUCAGGGCCUUAGUAAUGAGAGCUGGUCUAUCAUGAAGAACAUGGCCACAGAGCUGUGCAUAAUCCUCAUAGGAUAUUUCACCCUGGUGCCUGCUAUCCAGGAGUUCUGUCUCUUUGCUGUGGUGGGACUGGUGUCUGACUUCUUCCUUCAGAUGUUUUUCUUCACUACAGUUCUUUCCAUUGACAUCCGACGCAUGGAGUUGGCCGAUCUGAACCGCCGUCUACCGGCCGAGGCGGGGAUGCCCCCUCCCAAACCGGGCCCCCUGCGCCCUCGGGAGGCGCCUCCUCCCCCACGGCCCUCGCCCUACACCAUCACCCUGCAGACGCCCGCCUUCAGGAACCUGCGUCUGCCCAAGAGGCUCCGUGUGGUCUACUUCCUGGCCCGCACACGUCUGGCCCAGCGCUUCAUCAUGGUGGGUACAGUGAUCUGGAUUGGCAUCCUGGCCUACACGGACCCCGCUGGCCUCCGUACCUACCUGGCAGCCCAGGUGUCUGAACAGAGCCCCCUGGGGGAGGGCGGGGCCGGGGGUCUGCCCCCCCACCUGGGAGUAGCCUCGGUCUUCCCUGGACCAGGAGGGGACCCCGCCAGCACCCUCAGUGUCCUCCCUGCCCCCGCUGAACCCACCCCACUUCCAGAGAACCAGUCCCAGGGUCACCACGGGGCUCCCAGGGAAGGAGUACCCCACCAGGCCCCACCCCUGGUGCCCCAGAUCAGCUGGGGGGCGGAGGAUGAGGAGGGCUGGAGGAGGCUGUCUUUCAGACACUGGCCCUCGCUCUUCAGCUACUAUAAUAUUACUCUGGCCAAGAGAUACAUCAGCAUCCUGCCUGUCAUUCCCGUCACGCUUCACCUGAGCCCCCGGGAGGCCAUCGAGACGCGUCACCCCCAGGACACACGCCACCCCCCGCCGCCCAGCCUCAAAACUAACGACCUACCCGCAGACCUCACGCUCUACAAGGUAGCAGCUCUGGGCCUGGCGGCAGGGGUUCUGCUGGUGCUGCUGCUCUUCUGUCUCUACCGGGUCCUCUGUCCCCGCAACUACGGCCAGAACGGAGUGGCCCAUGGACGCCGUCGCCGCGGUGACCUGCCCUGCGACGACUACGGCUACUCGCCACCCAUCAGCGAGAUCUCCCCCCUGCUGCUGCGUGGACACAGCAUGGAUAUAGAGUGUCUGGCGAGUGAUGGCAUGCUGUUGGCCAGUUGUUGUCUGGCAGGACAGAUCCGUGUGUGGGACGCUCAGACUGGAGACUGCCUCACUGUCAUUCCUAAACAUGGGCUGCGGCGGAGUAGUAGCAGUGGCUGCUGGGAACAACGGGAUGGCUGGGACGCCGUGGGUGUGGCCGAACCUGAGAAUCUGGGAGGCGGGAUAGAACCAGGGGGCGGGGUUUUCGAUGAGGAUGAGGGCUAUCCCCUCAGGCGGCGGAGCACCCGCCCGGCCCUCUUUGAGGACCAACCCGACCUCACCCCCCUCAUCGACACCAACUUCGACUCCCAGCCCCCCUCCCACCUCCUCCUCACCCCGCCCAGGGAUGGCUUUGACUUCGGUGGGCUGGUGGAGAGAGCCUACCUAGAGCACGAGCCUCCCUCGCCGGGCCUCACUGCCUCCUACCCCUCCCCCUCCCCCCCAUCGGGACCCCCUCCCCAGAGGAGACGCAGCCUGGGGUACAUCCAGCCCCCUGUUCCACAGGGCCAGGGAACCCCGGACUGGGAAAGCGCCGUGUGGGCCAUGGAGCUUCGGGGGAACCUCAUUGCUGCUGGGAGGAGCAGCGGCAAACUGGAGCUGUGGGAUGCAGUGGAGGGCUCGUUACGCUGCAGUAAUGAAGACGGCGUCUCGGGGAUCACGGCUCUGGCCUUCCUCAACAACAGGAUCGUGGCAGCCAGACUCGACGGCUCUCUAGACUUCUUCACUGUCGACAUCAACAAGCCUCUGGGCUUACUGCAGUACAGAGGUCCUCCCGGGCGUAGUAACAUACCGCCCUCGCCUUGCUACAGCAGUGAGGAUGUGAUCUCAUGCCAGCUGACGCGCUCGGUGCAGUGUGCCCACCAGAAACCCAUCACGGUGCUGCGAGCCGCUGCCGGCAGAGUGGUCACUGGCAGCCAGGAUCACACGGUCAGGGUAUAUCGUCUGGAGGACUCAUGCUGUCUCUUCACGCUCCAGGGCCACUCUGGGGGAAUCACUGCCAUCUACAUAGACCAGACCAUGGUUCUGGCCAGUGGGGGGCAGGACGGAGCAAUCUGUCUGUGGGAUGUGCUGACGGGCAGCCGGGUGAGCCACGUGUACGGUCACCGCGGCGACGUGACCUCGCUGGUGUGCACCACAUCGUGCGUGAUCAGCAGCGGCCUUGACGACCUCAUCUGCAUCUGGGACCGCAGCACGGGCAUCAAGCUCUACUCCAUACAGCAGGAGGUGGGCUGUGGUGCUAGUCUGGGGGUCAUCUCUGAGUCUCUCCUGGUGACAGGGGGCCAGGGCUGUGUGUCCUUCUGGGACCUGAACUUCGGGGACCUCCUCCAGACGGUCUACCUGGGCCAGAGCAGCGACGGCCAGGGGGUCCGCCAGCUCGUGGUGCUGAACAACGCCGCCAUCGUCUGCGACUUUGGCUCCGAGCUCAGCCUGGUUUAUGUACCCUCGGUGCUGGAGAAGCUGGACUGAGCAGUAGCAGAACUAGGACAGGCGCCACACAGUGGCCUGGAGGAGUAGAUGAAAUGGUCAGUACUGACAAUGGGGAUACCUGCAAACGCAACUCAUUUUGGCCCUACACUACGCUGCAGUUGGACAAUCUUCUUGGAAAGAGUUGACGUGAUUGGCUAAUUUAGAUCGUUAGCACUUCACCCGAUUAGGUGGGAGGUCAUUUCUAUAGCAAUACAUAACGUUUUUUAUAAAGCUAAUGUCUGGUUGGAGAGACAGAUGUACAGACAGACAGACUUACAAGUGGUCAACCUGCCACAGGGUGAGGUCUGUCUGACCAGAAAGAUGACCCUUGACCUUGUUAGUAGCUCAGGGGGUUUGUAUCCAAGGGGUUACCAUCCAACAAUCAGUCUGUCACUGCACUCUAUGAUGCUGUCAUUGGAGGAGUGUUUGAUACCACGCCAGCCAAUCAGUGUGGCAGGCUCAGGGCUGUUGGGCUAAGCUAAGCAGUUACUAGCAUGUGUGUGUUUUGUGUCCUGGGAAAGAAACAGUCCCUUUUAUGGUGAAACACUGCUGACAAAAAUCCUUCAUUAUUGUGUGUGUGUGCGAGAUAACUGGAUAUGAUUACUGUAAUGAAAUGCACCUUGAGAGGGGGUUGUUUUUUAUCUUUAAAUCUAUUUAUUAGUGAUACAUUUUAAAGUAACAAUUUGAGAUGUGCAUAAUAUAAUGUGCAGAUGUCAUAAAUGUAGGGUUAGAUUUUUUUAUUUUUUUUAAACAUUGGUUAUGAUGAAUAUUUGUAAUAUGAAUAUUUUGGAACUGAAGUGUUUUCUUGUAGUUGGAGAUUGAGGGGGAGAGGUUCCUUGCCUUACCAAGCCUCAGGCUCUGAUUUUAGGGCUACUGUUGCUGCAAGAGGACCCAUCUGGGCCCCUAAGGAGGCUCUAUACCUCUACACUUUCUGCUUGAAUUUGAGAUGUGCAUCUGAAGGUGUGGCAGCUCUACAUUUGCUGCUCUCUUCCCAUGUUGACUGGGCCCAGGAGAAAUGUCAGAUCAUUUGAGAUUGUGAAUAUGUUUUACGUUAGUAACAUUGUCAUGCUACCAUUGUAUAUGUCUUGUUCUCUGACUAAAGGUUCCAUUGAGGAAAUCACGUUACUUUUUCAAUGCCUAAAAUGGCUUCCUCUUGAAAAACAUCUUACAACUGAGUUUCUCUGUCUAUGUUUUUUCCCAAUACAAUGAAACGGUCCCUUACUUUCCCUUAUCUCUGUAAUUCUCUGCUUGUGAGUUUGAGAACCCUAUCAGGCAUAACAGGAGAGGAUGGGUAGUGUACCAGUAAUGUGGUGAUAACUCCACCUUGGCCCAGCUAGUCUUUUCAAGUGAGCAAAGGAGUCAGCAAGGGCCUCAGACUAGGAAUAUGAGGAGUUUGAUGGUACCCUCUAGCUUGGACCCCCUCUACUAACUCAACCUUUCUUCCAGCCCCUUAGCGAUAGCCUGCAGACACACGCAAUGCAGAGAGCGUGUAAUGGGCUUGACAUUAGCCUACUUGGUUACUUACACCCAUAGCUGAAUGUAGGUCCGUGACGCUUGAUAUUGAAAAGCAAAUCCCCUCAACUCCUACAUACAGAAAUAUAACACACUAACUUGUGCACUAACUCUUAACCCUCUGAAAUGCACACACACUCACACACCAGGCACUUUGAAACACAAUGUAUAGAAAGACAUUCAGAAACACAUCAGACUUGUGAAUGCAGGGUGGACAGCUUUAGUCCUCAAGUGUUGCGACGUCUCCUGGUUUAUCAAUAACAUGAAUUGAAGACAAACGAAAACCCAGACGGACUGGAGUUGUGCUCCCAUGUUCUAUUGUAACAUUUCUAAUUUAUUUUGUGUAAAUAAUAGGUAAAUGCUUUAGAGUGUGUAGAUUCACUUAUAAUUUGAAGAUCAUUUUUUACUUCCUGACCAAAUGGUCUCUUUCUGGCAGUGUGGUGGGGGUUGAUGAUGAUGACUUGGGUCUCGAAGGAAUGAAUGUUGAAGGAUAUAAACUGCUGCCUGUGUUGGGCAGUAAAAUAUGGUUGUGUUCCAAGUCCUUUUAAGCUGCCUUAUCUCCUUGCUUGCAAAUAAUGAUGUUAUAGUUAUUUAACAGACAUCCAUCCAUUGCAGCAGUUCACACACAUUCAGUCACAAUAUGUGGCCUAUGCAGGAAUUAAACCGCACAACUCUGGUGUUGCGAGCACUAUGCUCCAAACAUUAGAACGUUUAUGGAACAGGACCUGUCUUACAUAUGUUUCCCAGCGUUCUGCCACUGUACUAUCAGUAGUGAUGAAAGGAGAUGAGAAGGGAAGCAUUUAAGAUAAUUGGAACACAGCCCAUGUCCCCUUGAUCUGUUCCUUUUGGUCCUACAAAAUAGUUGACAGGGGGAGGGGCAGAGAGAAACCGGUGUAAAUAUUGUUUUUGUGGAAUCAUAGGCCUGUUCUGCCCCCCUCCGCCCUUCGGUUGGCUAGGGUACACAGACUGUAGUGGCGGUAGCAAAUGUUCUGGACUAUUUUUAACACGGGAGCAAAACUUUGUACUAAUUUCCAAAUAAAGAGGCUUUGAUACCUUG